UCGUUACCUGCGUGUACGCAUAUACGUACAUUAAAUUGAAACAAUAUCAUUUAGUUAACGUAUUGAAAUACGUCAAUGAUAUGUUGAAUAAUUAAUUAGAUUUGGCAAACUUUUGUGCUAUUAUCUAUCAUUUUGUCGAGUUCGUUCCUCGCUAUAGAAUUGUUGGUAGGGAAAGAUGUCGUGUCGCGCUAUCGUUGAUCAACGACAGACAAGCUACAUCUUCUCUGUUUACUUUUUGUGUUCAGACUGAUUUAUUAUGUGAUUGUCAGUCGAUUCGGAUACCUAAUUACUGUAAAUCAUGAUGGAAAGAAGAACAAUUUUAUAUACAGCUUGGAUGUGUUAAUAUGCAAGAUACAACAAAGAAUGAGCUGGUUUGAUGCCACUGGGUUUGCCAACUUGGCCAAGUCCGCUUUGAAAGGUGCCCAGAAAACUAUCGAUAAAGCAUUAGAUAUCAAAGACGAAGAUCAAAAACCUGUAGAAAGUCAUACAGAGGAUACAUCAGACUUUUUCUCAAAUUGGGGAUUGAAGGGUGAAGAAGAUGUCGAUCAUCGUGAAAAAAGCAAGGAUUCUAAACAAGAAGCAGCAAGCAGCAUAUGGGGCAGCUUCACUGGAUCUUUCUUCGAAUCCCCAAAAUUUAACGAAGAAGAAAAUGGUCAAAACCGUAUUACUCACUCAAGAUCUCUACAAAGCACGUCUGUUGGAAUUGAACAAAAAACCAAGCUUACAUAUUCGUCAUCCUUCCCAGAUGAUUACAAGACUAAGAGUUCGAAUUCAUGGAAGAAUUCCAAACAAACGAACAAAGAUUGCGACGAGAAAGAUGCCGCUGACAUAAUUCAAAAUGAUCCUUCUCAAGAUAUUACCGAAACAUCGACUUCCGACUCGUUGAAGCAAUCGGAUUCACUGGACAGGAUCGUUUCGGAGAAUGUAACUUCCGAUGACGAUGAUAAAACGAAAGAUCGUCUGAGUACUAACGCGGAAAAACACGACUGCAUCGAAGAACCCUUGGAUAAAAACGAAGCUACUGUUACAAACGAACAGAACAGCGAAUCGGAAUGCGACAAGAUAGACUCUUGCGAGCUUAGUUCGUGCAUCGAUGGAAACGCGUUGAACAGGAUUUCCUACGUGUCAUCGGAGAACGAUAAGAAGAGUCUGGAGAGCGUCGAGAUCCUUGGUUCUCGAUCGAACACAGAUUGCACCACCACACCUGAAUCAGAUGGCAAUUCUCUUAGUAACUCGGCAAGUCCUUCUGUAAUGGGCGUUAAAGUGGACUCCGAAUCAGUGGAGAUACUACCAGAGAGCCCAGUAACGUCCCCGAGUUCUGUAGAAAUUUUAGGCGAUUGGAAAAGUGAUAGCAGUCCCUAUUUAUCACCGAUAGACUCAAGGCGCACUGAAUCGUCCUCUGUAUUGGACAGGGGAGAUUCGGUGACACCUUGCUGGGAAGACAGCAGCGCUACGCAGAGUGGAAAUAAAGAAGAAAAUCAAGAGUAUCCGUCCUCUUCUGAUAUUUCCCCGUACGAAUCUCCAGUGGAUGAUGCGAAAACUCCACGCGAUGAUUCGUGCAUGAGUAGCGUGAACAGUACCUCAUCGACAGGAACUUAUCCUGGAGGAUCAGGCUCGUAUUUAAGCAAGACCUUAUCGUCCUCGGGUGGGCAUAAUGUAAAAUCUUUCACGUCGGAAAACAUGGAAAUUAUGCCCUACUAUCCAGAUGAACCAGAGGAAGCGAGUUUGGCCGAAGAUUCUUAUACUUCCGCUUCUGAGAGUACGCUCACGACUAUGUUAGAAACAUUGCAACAAAAAGAACAAGUCAAAGGUAAAAUGGAGAUACCCGAUAGCGUUCUUCCAAGUGGAAAAAUGUACGAUUCGUGUUCGGAUGGGAAACCAGCUUUGAUGACGAGUUACACAGAUACGAGUUUAAAUUUAAGUCUGGAUUCCUUAAAAGAUAAACAUAAUUUACAUUUGCCAAUCGAAGCGAUUACCACGCAACCUAUCCGUAAACUAGCCGAAUAUCUUGAUGGAACGAGCAAAGAAACGGAUAGAAAAAAUCUCGGUAUAAAAUCUUUGAUAAGCGCAACCAUAGAGCCAGCAGUACCAGAAUCGGAGCCUGCCGAUGAAGCUGUUUUAUCGCAUUCUUUAAAGUCGGAUAUCCUGGAAGGUGUGGAUCAACAUCUAAUGUCGACAGACUCGAGCUGCGAGGGAACCUUAAUCGAGAGCAGUUCAGAAGAUAAUCCGUCGUUACUUCAUAAAACGGAAGGAAAAAUUUCAGAGACGCCUUUAACAUCUAGCUCGUACGUUAAGACAAUGUUAGCGGAUGCGAUGAUCGAAAAGAGUGAGAUCGUCGAGAUUGAAGGACAGGCCGUUGAUGUCCCUCGAGAGAAUUCCCCUAUUUCCUCAGAAAGUCGGUCCGAUCUGGUUAAAAUUGGUUCGGAUCAAACGAGCGGUCAUACCAGUGGGGACGAAUUAGAAACGACAACUUCCAGCGACAUUGAAAUCAUAUCCAGGUACAGUCCAAAUGGCGAUUCGAGCUCGACACAGUCGCGACAAAGCCUGGUAAAGUUGCAAUCAACGAAAAGUGGCGAUCUCUUGACGAAAACUUUAAAGGCCAGAGGACAUUCGAGGGAACUGAGCGAAAUUAGCGUGGGAUCCGAUGAAGGGAACCUCGAGAUAGAGACGUUGCUAAAGCGUGUACAGGAGAUGACAGAAAUAUUAGAAGCUAGAGAAUCGAAGCUCCUCGACGUGAGCAGGAUGAACAUGGAAUUACAUGAGCAAAACACCAAUUUAAAAAAGCAACUCGACAGCUUUGAAAAACACGCGGAACAAAGUCAACAUUUGAAUCAAAUCGCUGACGAAUACACUCAACGAUUGUCCGCGUUAGAAAGAAAAUUCCAGCAAGCAAUACGAGAACGAGAUUUAUUGAGAAAGAAUUUGGAUCAAUUAAAAGUGGAAGCAGCUACGCGUUUGUCAUCUCAAGAAAUGUAUUCCUUAAGCGCAGAAAAAGACGAGAUCAUUAAGGAGCUUAGGGAGGAAGGAGAAAAAUUGAGCAAGCAACAGCUUCAACAUAGUAAUAUUAUUAAAAAAUUACGAGUGAAGGAAAAAGAAAACGAUGCUUUGAUAAAGAGUCAAAAGGAGCAAAUGGAAGAGCAGACUUCGGAAUUAGAACGUUUGAAAAGAUCGUUGCAUGCGAAAGAAGAAGUCGAGCGAUCCCAAAUAGAGGCUGUCCAUACAUUGACAGCGAAAACGAAGAAACAAGAAAAAGAGAUUUUGACUUUACAAGAAAAAUUAGAUAACGCUCUGCAUAAGAUGGAUGCCUAUAAGAAAAGUUUAGAUGCUGCGAAAAUGGAUCUAACCGAAACAAAGAAACUUUUAGCAGUGACGGAAACGGAAUUAAAAGACGCAACAAACAGCGCUGGGGAAUCGUGCCAGCUUCUUGCGCAAGUGGAAGAACUGAAAGUUAAAUUACGAGAAUCAGAGGAAAUGCGCGUCAAAAAAGAAGAGUUCCUUAAGCAUGAGAACAGUGAGCUACUGAAACGUCUAGAGGCUGCCGAAGCCAGAAGCGAAGAACUCUCGGAGUCGGUAUCGAUGGCUACGAAAACACUACUAAGGCAGUUGGAGCAACUUCAAGCGAACCUGACGCACAAGUCCAACAGCUUCAUGAAACAGGAAAAAGCUUUGUCGGAAAAGAAUAUUGAAUUGCAGACAAAAGUGGAAAAUUUAAUCGAGAUGGAACGCUAUUUGAAAGAGGAAAAUGUUAACUUGAAAUCAAAAAUAUCUCAGUUAGAAUCAAAACUCGCUGCUAAAGAAACUGAAAGGACACGAUUGCAGGAAUCGUAUGACGAAUUGAUGAUAAAAAAGGAGAAGUUAAUCGAACAGAAUGUCCGGCAUCGACAAAUGAUGGAAUCGCUUGAACAAUCACAUUCUUCGCAAGUAAUGGAGUUGAAUAAAGAGAUCGUUGCGUUAGAGAAUAAACUGGCAGCUGAGAAAGCAGCCACGGAUGCGGAAAAGAAGAAGAAUCGCGCGAUGUCCGAGCAACGACGAAAUAUCGAUGGCAACGAACGACUCAGUUCUACCACUGUUGAAGAGGAAGACUCAAUAAACGCUAUAAACAGUAUUUGGCCGUUGUACCAUUCUGCUACCGAAGACAGUUCUGAAAGAUACGCGAUGGGGUACGAUAGUAGGAUCAGAGCAGGAUCGAGUAGCACUUCCAUAUUUGAGAAUUUGCAGUCGCAACUGAAACAAAAAGACGGUGAAAUACAGCAACUUCAGUGGGAGUUAUCGCGUCGUAACACGGAGAGAGACGCGCUCAACACUGAACUGUCUACGUUAACCUUAAAGAUCGAAGAAUUAAAUAAUAAAGUAUCGAACGUUACAAUUUUAAAUGAAAGUUUGCAGGAGAUACAAACACGAUACGACGCGUUGUUACAAAUGUACGGUGAGAAAAUGGAGGAAAAUCAAGAAUUGCGUUUGGAUCUCGCUGAUAUUAAAGAAAUGUACAAAACGCAGAUCGAUGAACUUUUGAAACGAGACACUUGAAAUUGUUCGCGAUUAGAACGCCCCCGUUGAUUAAUUUAAGUUUGAUAGACAGUACGCGUGGUACCAGCAGUUUGUAAAAGCAUAGAUUCGACGACGCGUUCUUAAACAAUGUUAUUUAUUACAACGAAAUCGUCGAUGUUGCUUAAAAAUGAUAGGAAGUGAUAGUGAGCUAAAGACGCAGAUUAGUAAUCUGUAUAAAAUUAUUUUAAAUAUCGCAACAGGUCGAUCCGGUUAGGUAAAAGAAUGUUAUAUGUUUUAUGGUGAAUAUUUUCAGGAGAUUCGAGCUUGUCGUUUGAUUAAAUUGAACAAUUCGAACUUUCGGUUAUUCAUAAGUACGAUCCACGGUUUUCAAUUUUACAUUUCAGUUAUUUAAUGGUUGUGUAAAAUUGCAAAAGGUGCAGUAUGUGGUUUUGUUCACUCUACAGUCAUCGCUGUCGUCAGUCGAUGAUUGAUCAUUUGACGAGUAAUCGUUCAAAUCAAUCUCCGUUGCAUAUGUACAUGCGCGCAUACACGUACAUCGUGUACAAAUAGAGUAAGAAGACAAACAAUGUGAUAUGAAGUGUAAUAUAUCGUUUAAAGUUUCUCAUAUUGUAAUAUACAAUUGAAUUACAAUGUAAUUUAUUAAAAAAUUACGUUCGUUUACUGAGAA